UCGCCGCGAUAACACGUCUGUGCUAUCGAACUUUUUGUAUUAGAACAAAAAAUGUCGAAGUGCUUACGGACCGAAAGUGUUGUAUCUUUUUAAAAGUGUUAUUGUGAUAGAAACUUGGUAUAUUAAAUAACUUUAGAUAGAAUAUUGAUCUGUGUGAUUACAUCAGUGAUAGGAAGUAUCAUUUCGUGAUAGACUUUUUGCUCUCAUACGUGAUAGGAACAGCGGUCUGUAUAUCGAACGUGAUAGGAACUCGGUCGGCAAUCAGUGAUAGGAACUGUUACGGUUAUCAUCAUCAUCAGUGAUGGUGAUGGCCAGCGGCGGCGGUGGCGGGCUGGUGCAGUCCCCACCGGACAUGCUCCAUCAUCACAACAUUAUGGACACCUCGUCCCACGUCGAAAUGAUGCCCAAGAAACUCCGCCUGUCAUUAUGCGUGGGCUGUGGCGGCCAGAUCCACGACCAGUACAUCCUGCGCGUGGCUCCCGACCUCGAGUGGCACGCAGCCUGCCUCAAGUGCCAGGAGUGCAGGCAGUUCCUUGAUGAAUCCUGCACGUGCUUCGUCAGGGACGGCAAAACUUACUGCAAACGGGAUUACACAAGGUUAUUCGGUACGAAAUGUGAUAAAUGCGGAGCUUCCUUCAGCAAGAACGACUUCGUGAUGCGCGCCAAAACGAAGAUAUACCACAUCGAUUGCUUCCGAUGCUGCGCGUGCGCACGGCAACUUAUACCAGGAGACGAAUUCGCGUUACGGGAAGGUGGUGCGUUGUACUGCAGGGAAGAUCACGACGUGUUAGAAAAGAGUGCGAACACAAGCGGCAGCAGUGGCGCCAACGCGGAGAGUAACAACAACACAACACUAAGCAACAACAAUUCACAUCUCCCACACGAGCUGGGCUCCAUGUCUGACUCUGGCAGCGAAUCUGGCUCCCAUAAAAGUGGGCGCGCGCGCACGGCUAAUGCGGCCGACGGCAAACCCACUAGAGUACGCACCGUGCUCAAUGAGAAGCAGUUACACACGCUCAGGACUUGCUACGCUGCAAACCCUCGCCCUGACGCGCUGAUGAAGGAGCAGCUCGUGGAGAUGACAGGCCUCAGUCCUCGCGUCAUCAGGGUUUGGUUCCAAAACAAACGCUGCAAGGACAAGAAGAAAACUUUGCAACUUAAAAUGCAAAUGCAACAGGAGAAGGUGGAAGGCCGUAGGCUGGGAUACAUGUCACUGGGAGUACCACUAGUGGCGGGGUCUCCGGUGCGGCACGAGGCGGGCCCGCUGCCGCUGGAAGUGACCGCCUACCAGCCGCCCUGGAAGGCGCUCUCGGACUUCGCGCUGCACGCGGACCUCGACCGCGCGCCGCACCACAGCGCCGCCUUCCAGCACCUCGUCAGUCAGAUGCAUGGCUACGAUGUCCCUUCCCUGCCUCCACCACGUCCUCAAGGAGGCGAGGACAACUACGUCACAUACCUGGAGAGCGACGACAGUCUCCCUCCCUCGCCCUAGUGCCGUCUCACAUAAUCACCUCCACGCGAGAGGGACGGACGAUGUUUCCGAACGAAAGCGCAACGAACUGUCAACGUCAAGUUGUAAUGUGGCGCCGUACCAACAUUGAGACACUGAGUGAUGUGAUUAAAAUAUUUUAAAUGUUGGCAUCAAUUUUAAAUCGAAUAAAUUGUGUUCUAAAGUUAAAAAUAAAUAAAAGAUUUUGUUUUUUAAUACUUUUUAUUUCAAAUGGUCAGUGUUUUUAUUUGUGUUGAUUAUAGUUUGAACAUUCAAUUGAGAAGUGGGAUAGUGCAAAGAUUUGAAUAGAAUUAAGUAAUAUCUUGCCAAUUUUGUAUGGGUAAGUAUUCACGACAAUGGUCGUAUCGACAGUUAUAGAUUAUUAAAAUUCCCGACUUCCUCUUGUCAUGUAAUAUUUUUAUUGUUACAAACACGUAUGAUAUU